GGCCGUGGUCUCCAUCCGCAGUUCCUAGCUCCGCUCCUGAUCCGCUUAACCGCGAGCCACAAAACUGCCUUGUUGGAUUAUUUGUGCUUCUGCACCGCCUCCCGUCUCGCUAAGUUAGCUCCAUUGCUUUUUGUUUUUGUUUUUUGCUUUGUGGAGCCCACGUGAGCGUUUCUUUUUAUUGAGAGCCUCUUGUCGUCCUGUCUCGUUGCUCGCUGCAGAACAUCACCUAACUUCAGAUGUUAAUUCUGUUAACUGAUCGGCUGUUCUGUCUCCCAGGAUCAAGUGCGAAGUCUGUAGGCGAAGAAGCCGUCGACAUGGCCACCAUUUCCGCUCCUACCGCGUCUCGGACAGAGGGUCGCCACAACAGCACGGGCGAGGUGAACGGCUUUAUAAGCCCGUCAGAAGAGACUCUGCCGGCUCCUCAGCUGAAUGCAGUGCACGACGGCACAGCCGCACCUCCAAGCACACUCCCAGGAAAGACGGCUCCAGCGGCACUCCUGGGAAGACCUACAUCUCUGCAGCCAGAGAAAGAUGCAGCAUCACCCAUAGAUGUGACUCAAGCUCAGUCUCAGGUUAAAGGGGACCACCAACCAUGCCUCCCCACAAAUGGCUUUUCAUUAGAUUCAGCAGAGACCAGCGUCAUCAGUCCUUCAUCCCUCUCAGACUCUGACCUGCUGGAGGCUACGUUUGACAACACACCCAGCCCGGCCCCCGAGCAGCCAACGGAUCUUAGCGUAAACGUUCAUGUCAAAGAAAUUCCAAGUACGGACACGAAGCAGAGCAUGGAAAGCGAUAUUAUGGGAGAGGGGAAAGGAGAAACUACUAAUAAACCAAGCCAUUUACCAGAGACUGUAGGGCAAGAGCAGUGGCACGAGGAGACCGCGAACACAAGGGCGAAAACAUCUGGCCAAGACGAGGUCGAUAGUUGCAAACUUGCAGACCCCAAAAAGAGCCUGAUUACGCUCGAUGAAGGCAUCAUGCAAUGCGACGUCCCAGAUGCACUGGAACCAGAAGAUCUGGCAUCUGUGUCUGAAGCCCUUAAGCCAGACCCAAAGAAACAGAUGAAGCUCUUUAAACGAAACAAAAAGAAGAGUAAUCAAGGUAACCUAUCCAUUCACUUCAAUAAAGGCCAUCUCUGGAAUGCUAGUGUCUUGACGUUUCUUAAAGGGAAUCCUCUGUUAGUGUUGUUUUUAUUCCAUUUAAUAUUUUCUAUCUUAUGUAUGGGCUAUUUUACUAUAUGUGUAUAAAUAUUUUUACAUGAAUACAUAUCUUUUAAAUUAAACAGCAUGAAUGCAGUGUGCAGCAUUUGUCUUGAAGAUUGAAUACUGAAUGGAUUUUUUUAAAACCUGUGGUCCCUUUUUGUUUGAAUGUUCUGUUUUCCGUUCUGAAACACAAGGUAACAGUGGGAAAGGACACACUAAACAUAAAACAGGCUGUGUGUUGCAGUGAGGUAGGUCAAGUCGAUGGGAUGGCAAACCGUAAGCCGGAAAUUAACUCAAUCAUCGUCAGAGCUUUUGUUCCAAAUAACACGUCAUCUGUUGGUCUAACCGGAAUCUGGAUCUCAUUUGUCUGUGUUGUCCGACUUUUAACACACGGCCGUCUCUCUUAACGCUCUCCCAGUUUAGCUGGUUGUCAGGCUAAACUCUUGGGGUUUGUGAUAUCUGUUAAACUUGAGCCGGGGGGGGGCAAAAUAAAAGUGCUGUCUUGUGCAAUAAUAACAUCUUUAAUCAGUGGUUAAUCUAUCAACAUUAAGUUUUCUGAUCUCAAACAGCCUUGCCGUUUGUGGAGUCUCUGUGAUUGUGGACAGUUAUUUCAUGAAAGCUGUCACUUUUGUGUCCUCUUCUUCUUCCUCCAUAUAUUCUUGUCCAUUCUCUGAAUCUGCAACGAUUUAACCUGCUAACAGUCUCGUGUGCUUCUUGUAAACUGUUUUGUUAAUUGAACUUUAAUUAAACAUACUGUACAUGAUAGAAUUUUUUUUUUAAUACAUUUUAUAACUGAAACUCUGGGCGUCUUUAAGCCAAUAAUAGUGUUUGCAAGCAAAGCGCCUCUCUGCCAAGGGCCUUUGAGCCGGCAGUGUCGCUUACAGAAAUAACUGUGAAAGGUAUUAAAGUACACUCUUUCAUUUGCACUAUUGAUUUUAGCAUUUGUUCUCUCUAGGUGUCUCCAGAAAAAGAAAAUCGAGAGGGAAAAGGAAAUGCUGACUUCCGAGCAGGAGUUCAGAACAGUUUAUUUCAUUGGGAUUCCAUAAUGUUGAUUGGAGGAUGUGGAAGUCUUCUGUGAAGCCUCAUCCUGACCAAGAAGAGCGACCACAUCUGAGGCUGGGAUUUUUUUUUUUCUU